AGCCCACGCCAACAGCAUCGCUUCGCAAAACCCAGUCCCCUCGAUCUCUCGCCUUGUUGUUGGUCCUGACGAAAAGAAGCCCUUUUCUCUUUCCUCCCCUCGCCACUCUCUCUCUCUCUCGCUCUCGCUCUCGCUCUCGCCAUGAAAUUUCGCGCCAAGCUCCGCCUCGCUGCGGGGAUCGCCGUCGCCGGCGGCCUGGCCUGGCAACUGAACCCUAACCUCGUCUCUGGCGACCGAUCUUUGUCCUCCGCCGUCGACGGCGUCGUCCGAUCCUCUCGCGCGAUCUAUACAAUAAGUUUUAUCGUGGUUGAUUACAAGUACUCGCUUCGGAGCUUGCCGCCUCAAUCCAACAGCUACAGGAGCAAGUUAUCCGAGGUUCAUCUCCGCUCAGCCAAAAAGCUACUCAAGUUGUGUGAAGCAAAUAAAGGAUUUUAUGUUAAAGCUGGUCAAUUUAUGUCAUCUUUGAGACAAGUUCCUAAGGAGUACACUUCAACUCUUUCAUGUUUGCAAGAUCAGGCAAUUCCUUGUAGUUUUAAAGAUAUUAAAGAAGUUAUCAGCAGCAAUUUGGGCAAAGACCUCACUGAAGUGUUUUUGUCAUUUGAUGAACAACCAAUUGCUGCUGCAUCAAUUGCUCAAGUACAUCAUGCAUUUUUAAAGGAUAACCAAGAAGUAGCAGUUAAGGUACAAUACCCUGAUUUAGAGCAGCGGAUGAGAAUAGAUGUUACAACUAUGGAUGUCCUCUCAAAAGCAGUUUCAUGGAUUUUUCCCGAUUACAGGUUUCAGCGUGUAGUUUCACAAUUUGAGAGAGCCAUGUCUAUGGAGCUUGAUUUUAUUCAGGAGGCGAAGAAUUCUGAGAGAGCUGCCAGAAACUUCAAAAGGAAUAAUGUUAUCAGAAUUCCCCAUGUAUUUUGGGUAUGAAGUUUUGGAAAAUAACACAAAACUACGAGCCAGGUUCUGACCAUGCAAUUUUGUAGUGGACCAAAGGUUGAUGACUUGGAUUUUCUCAAGGAGUCAGGUAUAAAUCCCAUGAAGGUAGCUAAGGCAUUAAUGGAAGCAUUUGCGGAAAUGAUUUUUGUGCAUGGUUUUCUGCAUGGAGAUCCCCAUCCUGGUAAUAUAUUGGUUUGUAAAGAAGGCAGUAGAGGAUUUUCUCUCGUUCUUUUAGAUCAUGGUCUGUAUAGAGAGUUAGAUGAAAGGUUCAGGUUGGACUACUGUCAGCUAUGGAAGGCCCUGAUCCUUUUGGAUUCGCAGAAGAUUCAGCAUCUAGGUGAACAAUUUGGAGUUGGCAAAUAUUCAAAAUACUUUCCUGUCAUUUUUACUGGAAGGACUAUAGACAGCAAAUCUACUCUUGGAACACAAAUGUCUAUUGAAGAGAAGAAACAUUUAAAACAGGAACUGCGGUCUUUGAGGAUGGAUGAUAUUUCCUCAUUCAUGGAAUCUUUGCCACCUGACUUCCUUUCCAUACUACGGACAGAGUAG